UGUCAUGUCAAGCUAAAAAUAUUUCCUAUGGAAAUGUGAUUGAAUGUGAUGGGAAUGUUGUUUUCGAAGUGCUUGCAUAUUUUGAAUUUGGUAUAAAAUUCUGUAAGCAGCAUGUUCCGCUCACGUGCAAUAUCUCGAUUACUGUGGCAACAGCGGGGCUGCAUCAAUAUCAACUAUGUAAGACCGUGUGUUAAUGGCUUAUGUGUUACGAAAUCAGACACAAGAAAUCUGAAUACUGUGGCUGUUGAAGAAAGCUAUGUUAAGAAGUUUAUGAAUGCUAUCGGAUGGAUGGACCAGUCUAGAACGCGUUUAAAACUCACAGGCUACUUUCUCUAUGAAGGUAUACCUGAGAAUGUCUCUUAUGCGGACUGGUUCGAAAGCCUAGAACUGCCAGACACAUUUGUCUCAUGGUUCACAAUCACAGAGUUGCAUGUCUGGUUGCUUAUGGUCCGAUACAUGGCUGAAGACGUGGUGUUACCAACUGGAGAUAAGAAGAAAUACAUAAAAGGAGAUGGGCAUUUUAUUAGAAAUUGUAUCAUUGAAGCCCUUUGGGCAGAUGUGGCGAACAAAAUUAAACUGUUGGAGGGAGCAAACCCGGCAAUAGCAAGAAAGCAAGUGUCAGAGUUGUCGGAGCAGUUCCAAGCAGCCCUGGUGGCCUACGAUGAAGGGCUCAGCGAUGACAAAGUGCUGGCUGCAGCCAUCUGGAGGAGGUUCUACUCCUUAUCUGAUGAUGUCAAAGCUGAACACAUUGAGAGGCUUGUCAAGUUUAUUAGACACCAGAUUUCGCAAUUAGAUAAGAUCCCAAGUGAAGAGUUGAAGUCCAAGCCAAACAUAACUUGGUUAAGUAUAUUAGAUCACUAAUGUUAUUUAGUUUGUAGGUAGUUAGAGAAUUUAAGUUAUGUAAAGAAAAUAAAAUCGAUUGUUGUUUGAUAAAAA